AUGGCGAACACAUUCCUAGACAUAUUCUAUUCUUUAUCCAGCUGCAUAUGCUGUUUUCCGAGCAGUCCGCAGUUAAAGAUCAACAACAGAAGCUUUCGUAUGCUACGGCUGCUGGGCGAGGGUGGCUUCUCCUACGUCUACCUCGUCCAAGACACGUCCGACUCCGCGCUCUACGCACUCAAGAAGAUCCGCUGUCCGUUCGGGCAAGAAUCAGUCUCCCAAGCUCUGAAGGAAGUCGAGGCAUAUACGCUGUUUGCGCCGCAUCCCAAUAUAAUCCACGCUGUUGAUCAUGCGGUGCAGACCGAUUCGACAACGAAAGUCUCUGGGAUCGGGACCGAUGCGGCCAACGGGGCUAGCAAAACCGUCUACAUCCUCUUACCGUAUUACCGGAGAGGGAAUCUGCAAGACAUGAUCAACGCGAACUUGGUCAACCACACCCGCUUCGGCGAGAGACGGCUCAUGCAAUUGAUGCUCGGAGUCUGCAAAGCACUGAAAGCCAUGCAUCAAUAUCGCAUUAGGAACACACCAUCACGGUCCGCCGCCCAGUCGAUCCGCAACGAAGCCGCCAGUGAAGAUGCCGACGCUGCCAAGCGGAAAGCUCGCGCCAACAAAAGAACAAUGACGGCGUCGCAGGAAAACGACGAAGACUUGGCCGAGGAACAGGAAGAACCGCUCAUGCCCUCCGACGAAGUUACUCGUGCGCAAGAAGGCAAAAAUCCUGGUGACACGCGGGCCUAUGCUCACCGCGACAUCAAACCUGGCAACAUCAUGAUUGACGAUGACGGCCGCACCCCGAUUCUGAUGGACCUAGGAUCCCUUGCUCCGAGUCCAACACCUAUUACGUCCCGGUCCCUCGCCAUUGCCGUGCAAGAUACAGCGGCUGAACACAGUACCAUGCCGUACCGCGCCCCCGAACUCUUCGACGUGAAGACCGGCUCCGUUAUCGACACGAAAGUCGACAUCUGGAGUCUCGGGUGCACGAUGUACGCUUGUCUUGUGGGGAAAUCGCCCUUUGAAGCCAGAAGCGACGAGACCGGCGGCAGUCUCAGCAUUUGCGUGUUGGGCGGAGAUUGGAGGUGGCCUGACGAGGGAAACCUUUCGAAGGGCAAGAACAAAGUCGGAUCCGCACCGGCACGGUCAAACACGGUAUCGUCGCAAAGCGGCGCAACGGCGGCAAAUGGCGACGCCAAUAGGCCCCUCGAUCCGGCCACGCCAGCGUCUGGCGGGAGGAUAUACCCUCACCCCGCCGCCAGAGAGGUCGUGAGGAGGUGUCUACAAGUGGAACCGGCGGAGCGGCCGGACGUGGAUGAGUUGAUGACGUUGAUCGAUACAUGUCUGAGCGAGUUACCUGAGGACGACGAAACCGGUGGCUCAGAGGGCGAUGGCGAGUUGUGA